AGACAACGAGGUGACGAGAUCAACCAGCAAAGAGAUUAUUGAUCACCUUCAAAUUAAUAUACGAAUUUGUACAGGAUACUUAAAAUUAUAUUUAUCUAUUAUUCUCUCUUUCUGUUUCAUUCCUACAUAAAAACUCAUGGCUGUUCACGCUGUGUUGAGAAAUCGAUUCUAUUUAAAGAACAUGUAUAAGAAUAACAUAUGCAGCUAUGGUGCAUGGUACCGACAGAUGUUCCGAUCAACGAUAAAAAUUGACGAUGAAAGAAAUUGAGAGAUUUAUUCACUUGUAAACGGUAACAGCGCAGAGGGAGGUGGUGGAUAAACUAAACUGGUACUUAAAUAAGUACUAUACGCUAUAGGUAUUAAAAGAAAUAUCAAGAAAGCGAAAAGGCAUCGAGGAAUCUGUAUCGUUCUUGAACAAGUUCGAGAACUUUCCGGUAGAGUCGAACGUAGUUAGAGGUAAUACUUUGAAAGUGCCGCGAAAGUGCUGGUUAUCUGGUCACGAUCGAAGAUCAAAGAGGUGGGAUAGGAAGAGGAGGGAAAGAGAAGAAAAAGGGAGGGCGGGGGUUGUCAGCGGAGCGGGGAGAAGGACGCGGAGAAGCCGAAGAACUCAAGGAGAAGGAGAGAUAGGCGGGUUGAACGGACGACGGAGGAUCGAGGCGUCCGGCGUCCUCGAUCGCGGGAUCUUGGAGCAAAACUAACGAUCUCCCGUUCGCUUGCAAGAUCAACACGACGAUAAUUUAAUACACGAGAUCACCACCCAGGUGUGCUCUGACGUGUACAGAUGCUGUUUGUAACCUCGACAAGAAGGAAAAGGCUGAGUCGACAGAAGUGGGAAUCUGUAUACUGUAUGGCGUAUGGGAUUCCAAAUGCGAAUACGAGCUCUUCCCCUUUUGCACGAUCUCUCUCCCUCUCUCUCUCCUCUUUUUCUCUCUUCCCCUUUCCCAUCCCCAUCGUCAUCCCCCAUACGUUGGUCUUUCUCUCUUUCUCUCGUAUCCGUAUUCUCUCUCUUUUUGUACAACCGAUAUAAAUGACGUAUACACGUGGACGCGUGCGCAAAUUUUUGCGAAAUACUUUGAAAACUUUUCAACGACCGACGGAUAGAUACAUCUUCUAAAAAAACUCGAUCGUUGCUGGCCAACAAACGUACGCUCGAAACGCACAGUCAUGAAAUAUCAUGAUUGUCAUCGUGACUCUGCCUCUGCUAUACCUUCGCAUUUUAACAUAUCGAAAAUAACAUAUCGAAAAAUAAUUUCCAAUUGGAAGGUGGAUACUAGCUUAUAGCUAUCAAAUGCCGUGAACGCAGAGCACAAAAAAGGGUACGUUCCUUUGACGUCAUACGCUUUCGUAGAAACAGCUCGAUACAUCGAAUCGUCGACAAUCAGAAUGAAAAAACAGAAACACGCGUAUACUACUGGUGGUUCUUCGAUUCUCGAAGAGAUGCUACAUAAAUAGAAGAGCCGAUGACGUCAAUCGUUUGCGUUAAUUACAUAAGGACAGUCCUUAUUAACCUAUGCCGACAGCUAAUGACGAGUUAAUGAUCGCGAUAAAAUCUCUAAAUCCAUUUAUCGAUCGAACGACGAUUCUCGUUUCAUACAUCUUCUCCUUUUUGCUGCAUCUUUUUAUCAUUCCAACUGUUUAACUAUUCCAAUCAAAUAGUACGGUCGAACGUCGUAUCGUCUAAUUUAGCUCCGUAUAUGUAUGUAUAUAUAUAUAUAUAUACGUAGGCACGUAAAUGUACGUAUAUACGUGUCAUCUCAUCGUUAUUUUAGCAUAUGUAUAUAAAUAAUCUAAAGCAAAGUAUAUAUCGUUAACAUACGAGUAUAAUUAAGCAAGAGCAAAUUUAACAUCUUGAUUAAUUUAUAGCGAUAGAAUUUGCGCAAAGAGAAUUACAAUUGAAACGAACGACGCGUGUAUCAUAGCGUGCAGAUCGAUUUCUUCAAAUCCUAGUUCUCAUUAAAGAUGAUUAUAUUUCGUGCAUCGUCUUAUUCUCUGUUACGUAGUUCGUGUUAGCGUUACGUUACUCAACAAAAAUCACGUGAAAUCAUAGGUUUUUCCAUACUCCUUUUUCAUCUCGAAUCGUUAACACAAAGGAAUUUCGUAGAAACAAAUCAACGUGCAAGUCGAUAUUUGCAUUAAAAGACGAAUAGUGAAACUUAUUUCCAUGAAAUUCGUGGAAUACUCACGAGCAGAGCAAAACAAGGCAAAUCAAGACAAGACAAGGCGAGACAAGACAAGACAAGGCAAGGCAAGGCAAGGCAAGGCAAGCCAAGGCAAAGCAAGGCAAGGAUUCCUUUUCUUCGCUAAAGGACAAACAGUUGCAGAAGAAGCGUGGAACAAGGAGAUAUCGACGAUGUACGUAGCAGAAAAUGUUUUCAUAUCAUACGCUUCCUUCACGGAAGCGGAAGGGACAAUGGAUUCGCAUGGUUAUUCUGGCGUCUUAGUCGCAGAACAUUGGGUACUUGCACACGGUUCCAUGCUGGCUCCAGUUUUAUCUCGAUCCCGAGAUUUCCUUAGUUUCUUUACAGAUUUAAAUUCCGGAGAUUUAGCCAUGGCUCAAGCAUCGGAACAGUUGUUCGAUGAUUUAACGUUUCAGAUACAUCGUAACGAUUCGUUAAAUGAAUCAGGAAAGUUAGUAGCUGUUUGGAAAUGUCCUCUUUUGGAGGAAACACUAGAGAAUUCUUUGAAAAAUUUUACCUUUGAGGAACAACACGAUUUUGAUCGUCUUUUAUUGCCUGUCUUCUUGAUGAUCAAAUGCAAAUCGUUCGAAUUAAGCGACGAAACAAUAGGACGAGAAAAAGACUCGACAUUCGUAGAAAGUAAGCAGCUGGGCGGAGAAUCAGAAGUAACGGAUAAAGCGAAAGUUAAACAAGUUUUGCUUCAACUUGCGAAACAAGCUGCUGUCGGCAAAAUUACAAAAGGAGCUAUCAUUGAAUUAGUCUCGACGCCGUUUGGAAAUGCAUUUUUUAUCGACUCUGUGAGUCGCGGAAUUAUUGGAAACUUACUUGGAACCAACCAGUGUCUCAUUGUAAUCGAUGCGACUAGUUUCCCAGGAUGUGAAGGUAGUCCUGUAUUUUUAAUCAACGAUUGUGGUCGAAGAAAUAUUUGCGGCAUGGUAAUUGCGUCAUUAAGCCGGUACCGUGGAGAAUGGGUAAAUUGUACUUUCGCUGUGAACCUGUUAUCAUUGUUGAAACGAAUUCUCCAAAGUCCUGUCUUGAAAGACGAUUCUCGAUGUUUGUCCUGCAAGAUCUUACCUUUCACAUGGCGGAGUCUGCCCGAAAUUGACACCCUUGAAAAAAGUAUCGCGAUCGUAAAGUGUGGACCAAACUGGGGCACCGCUACUUUAGUAGACGAACAAAGCGGAACAUUCAUAACGUGCGCGCAUGUUGUUACAAUGGCACCAGAAAGAAAAAUUAAACUUGCAACCUGCAUUAUGUCGCGCACAGAUAAGUUCGAAUGGUUUGCAGAAGCAAAUUUGAUAUAUAAAACACCAACAGAACGACCUUAUGAUAUUGCUGUAUUGAAGAUCGAUCUAAAGUUCAAAGAACCUUCGAUGAAGGCUAUCGAACUUGCUGAUGCAGAUGCACAGAAGGGGGAAGAAAUACUUUCUAUAGGAUUUCCAAUCUCCUUGAAAGGACGGCCCACCAUCAGCAGCGGAAUAAUAUCAAAAACCUGGCGACACAUGUUUCAAACCAAUUGUUGCGUGCACGGUGGCGUUAGCGGUGGACCCAUUGUUCGACGCGCCAAUUUUAAAAUGUUAGGGAUAGUGGUUUGCAAUGUUGCUUUAUCGAACGAUUCUGUUUUAUAUCCACGAUUGUGCAUGGCAAUACCGACUACUGUUUUUAAGAAACCACUGGAUGAUUAUCUACGAACUGCUGAUCCUAAAGCGUUAGAAGGAUUGACCCAAUAUGAUAAGAGCGCUGCAAGCACUUGGAAUUUUGCUCCUUUUCUUCCCUCAAAUAUGUUCAUUCUCCUUUUUGCUUCUGAUUUCAACAUCAGUAUCCCUCUGUUUUAUCUCAGGCGGUACAAAACUACUAUGUCCAUCUUUUUGCACUUGACGUAGCUUCCUACUUCUGUCGAUAUUGUGUGAAAAGAAGUUUGCUUCUCGUUUUGCCUGUGCAAUUUCAGUUUGUAACCUUUGUUUAUGUACAGCUCGUUCAUAAGCUAAACGUUCGCUUAAGUGAAUCCACUUAAA